AUGUACCAAAAUGGCCAGAGGGACCCUCCGCGGCCCUUUGCGGUCCCGCCGCCACCGCCCAUGUCACCCCCGCAAGUCGGUUCUGGAGUCGCAGGCAUCAACAAUGUCAUGAACAUUCCUCCUCCACCUCCUCGCUACCCGCCAGCACCAGGAACUGUUGGCGGCUCCUUAUUGCCGCCCCCUCCCGGCCCGCCUCCCGGAAACCCAGGUUUUCCCCCGAGCGCAAUUCCCCCGCCGAGCGCCUUGGGCUCUGCACCAUGGCAUGGCGCCUGGGGACGCCCAUAUAAUGGACAAACCGCCUUCAACCUUCCUCCUCCCCCACCUGGCGGAAAUGGCGGGCUGCAGGCCUACAAUCCCUUGUUGCAUGCGCAGGCUGCUGCAGCGGCGGCUGCGGCUGCGUCCGCUUCCAACACCCCGGGUCCACCUACUACCUCGAUCACGAUACCUCCUCCGCCUCCACAGAGCGAGCAAAUGAGCGCGACCUAUAUUCCUUCGGCCGGCGAUACGUAUGGUGAGGGUGUUGGCAUUCCGGGAUUGGGGCUGCCCGAAGAGAUGGGUGGCCCAGGGAGCUGGACCGCGGUCGAACAACAGCGCCUGGGAGGAAUGCCCAUAGAGGAUGCGCAUAGGUUAUACGCUGCCCCAACGGCCGACAGGGGCUUAUCGACCAACAGCAAUACCACCAACAGCUCUUCUGCAAUCCCUCUCGAGCUGGCAGCCCAGUGGCCGCUUGAAAGGGUUCUGAUGUGGCUUCAGGGAAACAGCUUCUCCCAGGACUGGCUGAACACGUUUAAGGUUUUGAACCUCCAUGGCGCGCAGUUUCUGGAGCUCGGAAGUGGUCACGGUGGUCGUGGGAACUUUGGUAUGAUGCAUCAGCAGGUAUAUCCGCAGCUGGCGCAUGAGUGCCAGAUGAGCAAGACGGGCUGGGAUCAGACGAAAGAGCGGGAGGAAGGCAAGCGGAUGCGACGACUCAUCAGGGGAAUCGUAACGGGACGGCCCGUUGACGCAUCCAAAGUUUCACCGGCAAGUGGAGGCGGGCAACAAGCAGGAGGAAAUGCAGGCGGUCAUGCUCGCAAAGAGUCCGUUAGUGCAAGUGUCCCGCCUAGCGCAGGUCCCGAUUCUGCAGAUUCUCCAAACGUGGAGUUUAGCAAAUCUCGUCCCUUCGUGCAGGAGCGGGAAGAGCAAGUUCAGUCCGGUCCCAAGGCCCCGGGCCCGGGCUUUGCAGGCAGGAGAUUCUCCCAAUCGCGCUCAACAACGAUGCCGCUGCUGACGAGUACCAUGUCUUCAGCCGAGCCAAACCACCGUAGCCUGAUGAAGAACCUGGAUAUAGACAGCGCCCGUCGUCACAGCCCGAGCACCAGCAACGUGAGCGAAUCCGGCGACUUAAACGCAGGCACGUUCCGUAACGUUGGAAGAGAAAGGGCCGGGGACAGUCCGAUCGGUGGCAGUCCUAACCCAUCCUCUGCCCUCUUUCCUUCUAGCGCCAGCAACAACACAGUCUUGCCAUCGUCACCUCGAAGUGGCAGCAGGUUUGGUCAUCGUUCGCGCAACAGCAGUGAUUCAGUAUCUUCAAACGCAGCACAGUACGGGUCUGGCGUUCCUGCCGAUGCCGCAGCCAUGUUUAAGAACGGAAGCCUCGCCGAUAUGAUUAAGAAUAGCUUUAACACAAACAACCCGGACCGUCGGCACGGUCAAGAUGGCGGUCGGCCUUUGGGUGUCGUUGAUACCGGAGACAGGAGUACCGGAGACAGGAGUGCCGGGACUGAACCUCCAAAUAGCGCCAAAGGCGCAAAGUCCUUCUUGUCCUUCUUGUCGCGGAACAAAAGAAAGGAAGAUGGGACAUCGCCCGACGAGCUGGAUUCCCCCACUAGUCCAGCCACCGGCUUCAAGGCUCACUCGCUUGGUAGUCGUGCCGGUCAUGUCAGCGAAACUUCCCUCGAUCAGCGCCCCGGUUCAAGUAUCUCGACUCACGAUCACAGCUUCGGCUUUCACAGCGGCCAUAGUAGGAAGAAGAGCGUGGUCGCUACCCGGGUUUAUCUCCUCGCUACGCUGGACCACUGGAAUUAUCGUAUGUUGGAUGUUACUGAUAUCGACUCCGCACAUGACUUGAGACAGCUAGUGUGCAUCAACCUGGGCCUACCUGACAGUGACGGCGCGGCAAUUUACGUGACUGAACUGGGCAAGUUUGAGCAUGAGGAGCCCUUGGACGACAUGAAACUGCUCACGAACAAAAGACUACGGGCGGAUGCAGUCGGUACGCUAAAACUGUUUGUAAGACCGGGCGGCUUGAUGAAUUCGCCAUACCCAGGUAACGGAGCCCAAAGCGGUCAACCAUCAUCGUAUGUCCCUCGUGGCGCCCCUCCCAUGGACGAGGAAAUUUUCAACAGGCUAAACGGACAAAGGCAGCGUUCUAGUUCAUCGCCGCCGACGUCGAGGCAGAAUACGAUAUCCAGCAAGGACCGGGACGAGAAGAUGCCAGCGGUGGAACAAGUCGAGUACAAGGCCUCGGAGCCCCCCAGAAAGCACGCCACCAAGGAGUCGAGCCCGGUUGGAGAGACGACCCCGGUCGGCAUCGUCGGCAGGAAAGUGGACUUUGACCAGCCCCGACUCUCGCCGUUCGAGGACAAGAGGCCCGAUCACCUGUUUCCGGUACGAAAGGCACCUGCACCACCAGGGGACCCAUCGGCUACUUUAACCAAGGUCAAUUCACUGAGUAAGAAAACUGGACAGGGAUUCCGACCUAGCACCGCACAUGCCACGCAUCACCAUCAUCACAACGCGAUAGAUCAUGGGUAUCACCAGAGACGGGUAUCGACGGAUAUCCGCGAGAACACGACGUCCGAGAGGCAGACGAGGAGGCCGGCCGCCAUAAGAGGAACCGCCGAAGUACCAUCGCCAUCAGGAGGAAUUGGCAGCUUGUUAAUCAACAUGGGCGGCCACCUGGGUGGCAUCGGCCAUCCUGUCGCCGGCGGUGCUCGCGCAUUAUCACCAAAUCGUGUCGCCUCAGCGCCUGUCGGGCAUGGUGGUGAGAUGAGCGAACAGCAAAGAGUACGCGCGCCGUCGCCUUCAGCUGUUAGUCCCAAUGCUCGUAGGAGACCUAGCGAGUCUCAUAUUAGCCAGCAACAAUAUCAGCAGAAUUACCGGCCGUCAUCAUCACAACAGCACCAUCCACAUCUUCAGCAGCAGCAGGCGCAGCAACAGCAGCAGCAACAAUACCAGUCGAGACAACAGCAGCCACAGCCGCCGCAACAACAGCGAGAUGCCCCGGCGCAUCACGAGGAGUCUAAGCGUAAAUCCCAUGGUCCUGAUGUGGACUUCAGCGAUAACGAUGUGCGCUUCACCCCACCUCCGGAGAAUGAAUCCACGAAUGCCGGUUCAGAUCAUCAGGACUACGCAGACGACCAGGAUGAUUCGGACGAUUCGGACGAUGGCCUCUUUGCGGUUCCGAUCUCGAAACCCAAGGCAGCAGAGACGUCGAAGACGAAGGAUGAUUCAAACAGGGGCGAGGAUGGACUCAACAAGCGUCCCAGUUUGAAGCUGGCAACCGACCGCUCCAAGAAGAACUUGUCCGUGGCGUUCACCACACCUCAGGCCAGCCCCAGUAUGGCCACGUUUACCGAGGAACCUGAACAUACCAGUGUGCCAUCGUCAUCGAGUCACGGUCACGGUCACGGUCACGGUCACCGACAGUCAGCGCCUGUUCCGUCGGGAUCAAAGGGAUGGGAACAGGAAGAGACGGAGUGCAAGAUUAGCAGGCGCAAGUCCUUUAUUGAGAAGGAUGUUUGGGCCAACCGUCCCCCGACCGACGCCCUUAUCAACAACCUCGAGGACUUUUUCCCCAACUUGGACGUCGACCAACCUGUGCUUGAGGAGGGCAAUGACACGGAGGUUGAGGCCCCGUCACCGAUUGCCGAGGUGGACGAGAGCCAGUUCCAGACACAGCCGCAGCAGAUAGCGCAACAGAUGGCUCAGAGCAACAGCGCAGCUGCCAGCAGCAGUAACAGCGCUGCUAUGCUACCGCCGCUUACCAGGGUUUCACACUCGACUUUCAACGAGAGUGAUACACUUGGAUCGGACGAGUCUACGCUCAAGGCGCUGGAGUCACGCCCGUCAUCGAUGGUAUCUGGCAGUGUGCGCCGGUCUAGGGGUCUCGGUCGCAUGAAGUCCAUUCGUGAGGUGGCCCGCGGUGCGCACGAAGCUCACAAGCGCUACACGCAAACGUCGCUGCAGAUGAACGUGGCGGCGCCGGCGGUGCCCAACGCGACGACCAACCUCAUGCGCCGCAAGAGCACAAAGAUGUUCAACGCCAACAUUGUGCAAAUCGAGCCCAGGCGAGGGUCCAUUCUAUCCACCAUUCCCCAAGAGACCUUGCCCACGCAAGACAACAUCAACACGCUACCGAAGAGACAAACAACCUUCCGCUGGUUCAAGGGUCAGCUAAUCGGCAAGGGCACCUUUGGCCGCGUAUAUCUGGGUAUGAACGCCACAACCGGUGAGUUCCUGGCCGUGAAGGAAGUUGAAGUCAACCCCAAAGCUGCCCAGGGCGACAAGAAGAAGAUGCAAGAGCUCGUCGCCGCGCUCGACCAGGAGAUCGACACGAUGCAGCACCUCGAUCACGUCAACAUCGUGCAGUACCUCGGCUGCGAGCGCAAGGAGACCUCUAUCUCCAUUUUCCUCGAGUACAUCUCCGGUGGCUCGAUCGGCUCCUGCCUGCGCAAGCAUGGCAAGUUCGAAGAACCCGUCGUCGCCUCGCUCACGCGACAGACCCUUUCCGGGUUAGCCUACCUCCACCGCGAAGGCAUCUUACAUCGCGACCUAAAAGCCGACAACAUCCUGCUGGACCUAGACGGCACAUGCAAGAUCUCCGACUUCGGCAUCUCCAAGAAGACGGACAACAUCUACGGUAACGACAAGACCAACUCGAUGCAGGGGUCCGUCUUCUGGAUGGCGCCCGAGGUUAUCCGCUCCCAAGGUGAGGGGUACUCAGCCAAAGUAGAUAUUUGGUCCUUGGGCUGCGUGGUGCUGGAGAUGUUUGCGGGACGAAGGCCGUGGAGCAAGGAUGAGGCGAUUGGAGCCAUUUACAAGAUUGCGAAUGGAGAGACGCCGCCUAUUCCGGAUGAUAUCAGGGAGGAGAUCACGCCGAUUGCGAUUGCUUUUAUGUUGGAUUGUUUUACUGUCGACCCAACUGAUCGCCCAACCGCCGACGUUCUUCUCUCGCAACACCCGUUUUGCGAACUGGAUCCUAACUACAGCUUCAUGGAUACGGAGCUGUAUGCUAAGAUUAGGGGGACUUAUUAA